AUGAGCCAUGAGACCGUGGGCUCGCUCCUGGCCGUGAUCGCAAACUCGCUGAACGAUGGCCUGCGCAUCAUGAUGUUCGCCGACAAGCGGGCGUGGGGGCCCGACGAGUUCGAGCUGCUGCGCCUGCUGGAGGAGACGCUCGACGAGGCCAAGAAGGACUUCCAGGAGCUGCCGACGCUGGUCAAUGGGAGGUUCUACUACGAGGAGGAUCGCAAGAGCGAAUCCCUCCUCGACCUCCGAACCCUCUGCACACGUUUUGAACUGCAUGCGCAGGCCCUCAAAGACUGGGUGCGCUCAGGCGACAUCACCGUCGCGGACCUCUCCCGCGACACCCUCACACUACGGCAGGACCUGCACGGCGCCCAAUGCCGCGCAGCGCGGCGUAUACACAACGAGGCGGAAGCACACACGCGGUGUCUAGGAGCGCUGCAAGUAUUCCGAGCGCAGCAGCGGCCGACGUCAGCCGAGCACGCCCAGCAAACACAUCCACAAGACCAACACCCCCAACAAAGCCAACAAAGCCAAUCACUACACCAGCACCAGCACCACUACCAACAACAAUGGCAGCAGACACAGCAGCAACAGCACAGGGGCCGAGCGGAAAUGGAGGAGAUCGCCUCGUGCAACGCGACAGGCAAGUUCGAGCGCUUCGGCGAGCGCGACAUCGCCUUCGUGUGCGACUACUGCGACGGGUUCCUAGUAUGGGAGGACCUGCGGUCGAUGCCGAGCACGCGCGCCGUAGCUCUCACCGAACCACACAACAACAACAACACCUCCUCCGGUGUCGUCCUAGGCGAGCCCCUAUCAGCAGCCCCCACCACGACAACAGCAGAGAACUGGCAAGCGCGCGAUUUCAGUAUGAGCACCACCACCGCCAACGAAGAGAAAAUGGUCGUCUUUGCCCCCCUGGCCAUCGCGAACCACCUGCCGCCCGAGCCGGGCGAGUGGCAGGCGCGGAUCUUGUGUCCCUACUGCGACGACUAUUAUUACGAGGAGCCGGGCGACGACGGCAUGGAGCGCGUGCGCUACACGCAGGACGAGCGCGGAUUCGAGGACGUGCGACACUUCCAGGAACACCUCGAGUGGAACCAUACUUCACUGGUGCCGAGCGCUUCGAAGUGCGUCGUCAUGUGA